GGUCUGCCGACUCCCGAUCUUCGGCUACUGUUUAGCUUUCGGCUUUUGGCUCUCGGCUACGUCUUCGUCUGCUGCUGGCGUGGGUCGUCUGGUUGGAGCCAUAAACCCAUUAUCGUUAUAUUGCUUGUACGAUUUGUGGGUCCCACGACUGUAAAAUCUGAUUUGUGUAGACGUGUCGUCGCUCGACUCGAACCGAUUCGAUAUGGUGGAAUGGGAGCUCUCCAACCAGAAGUAGAAACUGAGAUAAGAACGCGGAGAAGCCGCCGCACACUCGCUCGCUCUUUGGUGGGGUUGCCCAGGUAGCAGGCAACGUGGCGCAGGGGGAGGGUAAGGAAAAGUAAAAACUGAAAAAACUAAAAACUGAGAACUGAUAAUUGUGCAACGUACACACACAAACCUUGCUCGAGUUAUCAGUUGGAGUGACAACCGGAAAUUAAAGUUGAAAUCGACACGAUUACUUCAUUAGCUCUCAUUCGGGUCGUGUGUGGGUGGCAAGGUCACACCGGGAGCUCCUCUCGGUGGAGCCAUAACUAACCAAUUAGCAAUUUGCCAGGCGGUAGCAGGCGUAGCCAGGCACCUUCUCUCGUGGCUGGAGCGGAGUGUGCCAAGGUGAAACGCAAUCAGCAAACAGAAACUAAAACUGAAACAGAGAGACUGAGUGUCAAAGACUUGGGCCAAAUUCGAUCAGGUGCAAGCGACACGGAGAGGCAGGGCCACGUAGUCAGGCUGAGGGAUGAGCAGCGCCGCUUCGUGGAGAUGUCGAUGUCAUUGGUCUAAAAGUGAAGGCGUACAAGUACGAGAUGUAGACAGAGUCAGAACUUUAGCGAAUAUGCCAAGGAAUGUCAAAAGAAAUGAAUUUACCUUUUUGACUGGAUGAGUGCCCUGCUCCAGCUCCAGCUCUAGCUCCAGCUCCGAGUCGCACUUUACUGCAAAUGCAAAAACUUUAGACAGGGAAUCAAUUGUUUUUGCCUUGUUUUAUUUCACCCAAGACACGCAACAACACAAUGGAAAACAAUGGCAAGAAGUCAACAAUUUUGAGCCAAACGAAACCGCUAGAGAGAUUUCCUGGAAAAUGUUUCCCAAUAAUACAAACAAAGAUCUCAAAUGAAGGUCUCAUAUUGCCAGAAAGCCAGGAAAUAUGAAGCUAUUUAUGUUACGAUUUUAUGUGUAACUGGAGAGAGAGCUAAGAGCUUUGAUAAACACAAAUAUACCCUUAAAAUUUACGACUCCGAGGGUAUGACAAGCGCCAGGAGGAGGCGGACUGUAACUAGCAACAAAUGAACAGGUCGGGGGCGUGACAACAACCGUGAAAAGAACUUGAGGAUGACAGUUAUGGGUUACAAAGGCAAGGAUUGAAUCAAAUAAAUAAGCGCGCAAGGUUCUCGUCUCGACUCGUCUCGUCUCAUGUCAGGCAGUUGGGGUCGCUUCGGAUUGAAUCCAGGGGUUGAAUGGGAUUCGAUUGGAACGAACAAACGAACGGGUUAUAAGGGUGUGGGCGUGGGGGUAACCUUACCACGUCCACAUCCACGUCAAGUUUGCAUGCGGCUGCAGGUAAUUCCUCAUUUCAUGCCGUUGUUUUGCUGCCUGGCUGCCCUCCAGCACUCCUGCCCUUUACAUAAUCACAAUAAAUAAAUGAAGGAAUGAAGCGGCGAGCGAUUCCAUUAGCAUAACAUCGCAUAAGACGUGUCCUGCUCUGGCUCGAGCUCUAUGUGCCUCUCUGAAUCAGUUGCAUUGGAGUCGCUGAGCUGUGAUGAACGUGUGGAAGGCAAAGGUGCUAACGGAGGUGCCCUUCGGGCAUGUGCUCGUUGUCAGUGGACGCGUCAAGCCGCAUCCCAAUAAAAUCUCGCUGGACCUCACGGACAAUGUCAACGAGAAGAACGAGAGCGAAACGGUCUACCUGAAGAUCGAGGCCAACUUCCGUGAGGGCCAGAUCAUUCGCAGCAUGUUCCAGCCCGGCGAGGGUUGGCAGCAGGAGGAAAUCUCCAAGAACUGGAAGAGCGACGGGCCCAAGAAUCCCCUGAUACCCGGCCAGAGCUUCACCUUCCGCGUGGCCGUGCUCCAGCGCUGCUUCGAGAUCUACGUGAACGAUCAGCUGUACGGAUCCUUUGAGUUUGUCAAGUUCCCCAAGCAAAUCAAUUACGUGCGGGCCUAUGGCGACUUCGAGAAGAUCACGCAGUUCCAUCACCGCAUGCUCUUCCCACUGGUCUUCCCUCGCACCCUCAUGUGCCCCGAUCGCAUUGCCUUCCAGAGUGAUGUGCCCCGCCGCUACGAGACGGGCACUGUUGUGGCCAUGGAGUGUAUUGCCAAGGGUCCACCCACCACGGAGUUCUCCAUUUGCUUUCAGUGCAACGACACCGGACGCACCGUGCUUCGCUUUCAGGUGAACUUUGACAGGACGACCGUUUCCAGGAGCUACCAACGCGAGGACAACAGCUUUGCCAGCGACGACGAGGAGACCGAGGGCGAGUUCCCCUUUGUGCGUGGCAAACUCUUCAAGAUUGCCUUUGGCCUCGGCGAUCGCGCUUUUCUCAUUGCCGUCAACGGGCAGUACUUUACGUACUACAACUUCCCAGUGCGCCCUUUCUCCAUCUCUACGCUGAAGUGUUUUACCAAUGAUGUGGGCGACUUUGCCGUGAGGAGCCUGGAAUACCACUCGGACUCGCCGUUGUUGUCACGCGUGGAGAAGCUGUCCAUUAUCUAGUGGGAAAUCAGUUUGG